ACGCUUCCUUCCUAAAAAUAAAAAAUAAUAGAACGUCUUCCUGAAAGUGAUUAAGCUUAAAAGUCCGAGGUUGAACAUCGUCUGAUAAAGGACCCUUUAAGAGAAAGGAAGGGAACCCAUCGCCGGCGCCGGCUUCCCGUUCUUCUUCCGUAUACGUAUCCGUCUCCGGUGACUGCAAGAUUGAUUUGCUGAAAUUUCUUCUUGUCAGCUUUCUUUCUUUCUAGGGCGAAGAUGAGUGAAGUUUUCGAUGGUUACGAGCGCCAGUACUGCGAGCUCUCGGCUAAUCUUUCCAAGAAGUGUACGGCGGCUGGCACUCUUGAUGGAGAGCGAAAGAAACAAAAGAUUUCAGAAAUAAAGACCGGAAUUGAUGAAGCGGAAUCUUUGAUUCGGAAAAUGGACCUAGAGGCAAGAGCUUUGCAGCCCAAUGUUAAGGUUGUGCUUCUUGCCAAGUUGAGGGAGUAUAAAUCAGAUUUAAACAACCUGAAAACUGAGGUUAAAAGACUAGUAUCUGGAAACUUGAAUGCUUCUGCUCGAGAUGAGUUGUUGGAAUCAGGCAUGGCUGAUACCCUGACGGCGUCAGCUGAUCAGAGAUCAAGAUUAAUGUUCUCGACAGAGAGAUUAAACAAGACUAGUGAUAGGAUUAAGGAUGGCAGAAGAACCAUGCUGGAAACAGAAGAGCUAGGUGUCUCUAUUCUUCAAGACUUGCAUUCACAGCGGCAGUCUCUCUUACAUGCUCAUAAUACGCUUGAUGGAGUGGAUGACAACGUUGGCAAGAGCAAGAAAAUUUUGACUAACAUGGCGAGGAGGAUGAGCAAGAACAAGUGGAUUAUUGGGUCGAUUAUUGCAGUUCUUGUCAUUGCCAUCCUUUUGAUCCUGUACUUCAAGCUUUCUAAAUAGUCAGGAACUGUUGUUUGUUGGGUUGUGCGUGCAAGUGUUUCCAAGAAGUGUCUCUCUCUUUUUUAUUUGUUUUUUUCUCAUCUCCUUUCAAUUUUCUGGGGUCUUUUUGUAAGUUUUAUGUUUGUAAUUGAGUGCUAACGUGUGCAGCAAUAAUGGCAGUACAAGUACUUGUUGUUUACAGAAACCCAUUAUUUCUUCUCCAUUAUACUUUGAUUUUACCAUUAA